CGAGAUACGCUUCGCAUUGGCGUCCGAAAGAUUCGCGUAGGAUAUUACGUUUCGAACGGUUAGGAAGCACUGGCUUCUCGAUUCUUCCUCCCAACAACACUAACUCCCUCCUCCUCCUCCUCCUCCCCUUCUUCCUCCUCGUCGCAGAAGAGAAGAGAAGCAGCAGGGUGGGUGAUACGAUCUAUGUAUCGCUUGCCCAAUGGGGACCUACACCUGCUGCCUCUGCUUCACCCGCCGCUUCCGCUCCGCCGAGGUCCAGCCGCCAGCCGACGUCCGCGCCGCCUUCGAAGCCCACACCGAGGGCGCCACCCACAUGAACGCCGAUCAACUCCGCCGUUUCCUGAACGAAGCGCAGGGCGAGGCCACCCCCGAUGAUGCUGAUCGGAUCAUCGAGCAGACCAUCCAGCUUCGCCCACGCCAGCCCUUCCUUGCUAUCCUCUCCAAGCCCGCAUUGACCGUAGAAGACUUCUAUAACUACCUCUUCUCUGAGGAUCUCAAUCCUCCUGUUCGAUCUCAGGUUCACCAAGAUAUGACUGCUCCAUUAUCCCACUAUUACAUCUAUACAGGGCAUAAUUCAUACUUGACUGGGAAUCAGCUGAGCAGUGAUUGCAGUGAUGUUCCAAUUAUAAAAGCACUCCAAGAUGGUGUUAGAGUAAUUGAGUUAGAUAUGUGGCCUAAUUCUACUAAAGAUGACAUUGAUAUUCUCCAUGGAAGGACAUUGACAUCUCCAGUGGAGCUUAUUAAAUGCCUAAGGUCCAUCAAGGAGUAUGCCUUUACUGCAUCACCAUAUCCUGUCAUCAUAACUUUAGAGGACCAUCUUACUCCUGAUCUUCAGGCCAAAGUAGCCCAGAUGGUUGUAGAAACAUUUGGAGACAUGCUAUACUACCCUGAAUCAGAAUCUUCUAAUGAAUUCCCUUCACCAGAAGCAUUAAAGGAAAGGAUUAUUAUUUCAACCAAACCACCAAAAGAGUAUCUUGAAGCUAAGAAUGACAAAGAAAAUAAUUGUGACACCCAAGAUGUGAAUGAAUCAGAUGAUGAAGCUUGGGGGAAAGAGGUUCCUGAUGUUCAGACUGAGCUUGAAUCUGCUGAUAAGACUGGAGAAGAUAAUUCAGAUGAUGGUGAUGAUAGUGAUGAUGAUGACCAAAAAGUAAAUCAGAGUUCCCCACCAGAGUACAAGUCUUUGAUCACUAUUCGUGCUGGAAAACCUAAGGGCGAUUUAAGUGAUGCACUAAAAGUUGAUCCAGAUAAACUCAGACGUCUCAGUUUGAGUGAGAAGGAACUUGCAAAGGCAGCUGCUUCUCAUGGUCUGGAUCUAGUGAGAUUUACGCAGAGAAAUCUUCUUCGGAUAUAUCCAAAGGGUACACGUGUCAAUUCUUCUAAUUAUAACCCAUUCGUUGGAUGGAUUCAUGGUGCUCAGAUGGUGGCAUUUAAUAUGCAGGGAUAUGGAAGGUCAUUGUGGUUGAUGCAUGGAUUCUAUAAAGUCAAUGGAGGAUGCGGAUACGUAAAGAAACCUGAAUUCUUGCUGAAGAAUGAACCAAACGAUGGUAAUUUUGAUCCUAAAGCUAAAUUUCCAGUAAAGAAAACCUUGAAGGUCAAAGUAUACAUGGGCGAUGGUUGGCGCGUGGAUUUCAACCAAACACAUUUUGAUUCAUAUUCACCUCCAGAUUUCUAUACAAGACUAGGGAUCGCAGGGGUGCCAUCUGACACCACAAUGAAGAAAACAAAGGCAAUAGAGGAUAACUGGAUCCCAGUUUGGGACGAGGAGUUCAUCUUCCCAUUGACGGUGCCUGAACUCGCCCUGCUGAGGAUAGAAGUGCACGAGCACGACAAGUCAGGGAAAGAUGACUUCGCAGGGCAAACAUGCUUGCCAGUUUCCGAGCUACGACAAGGGUUCCGAUCAGUGCCACUCUUUGAUCGUAAAGGAAUGAAGUUUAAAUCCGUUAGACUGCUCAUGAGAUUUGAAUUCGAGUAAAUUCACAAAACGCGUCGAUAUGUUUCCUUUCAAAUUCAGAGGAGGGGUGUGGAUAUUGUUUCCUUUUGAUUUUUACUGUCAUUGCUAGUCUUUUAACAGAUCUGCAAUUGUGUGAAAUUGCACAUGUUUUUUUGUAUGAUUUUUCGAGAGGACUGUUAAUGACUGUAGAUGAGGCCGAAUAUGAAUUAUUAAAGGUUAUAGCUU